AAACCAGUAGCGGUGAUAAAGAGAGGCAGCGAGGCACGCAUUCGCAUUUAAGUCCUUUACUACAAGCCAUUUAAUUUGCAAUGGAUUUGCUUUAGACGACGCAUAACUGGACACUAUUUAUUUUUAUUUUUGGGGAAGAACAGGACUGAAUCAGUCUCUCAUGUUGCAUCACAUAAUUUCCUGACGUUUAAACGCACUUUUUGAGACCUCCCCCCCUAAUUCACUUGUUGCUGUUGAGAACCACAUUCCCGGCGCAGCUCUGAAACGAGGGAACAUCGAAGCGCUCCGCUACUGCAACAGGUAGUACAACAGACGUUAACAAACAUUAUUAGCGAUUUGCCAAUAAUGCCUGUACUAACGUGUCCUGAAAUCGCCGCCAAGUUUAAGGAGAAGUGGCUGAUGCUCCAUCCCGAAGACCAGGACAAUAUCAACGGCUCAAUGAAUCUGGAUGAUAGCCUAACCAGCCUCCAGUGGCUCCAGGACUUCUCCAUCCUUAGCGCUAACCUUGAAAGACCUCCCAGUUCCAGUUACCUCCCGCACCACUUUUAUCACAAACAUUUGCACCCGCGAGGCACCGACUCGCCCGCUAGCCCGCCCGCUGGGGACACGGCGGCUACAGGUAUGCCACAGUGCCUGGGAAACCCCAUUACUUCCAGUAGCACCUCUGUCAACGCAGGUGGUACCAGUUACCUGCACCCGCAAGCAGUAAACUACGUGCACCACCGGCAGAUUGCAGCGCCCAGUCAUCCGCCUGAGGAGAUUGACUAUAAAACGAACCAUCAUGUGAAACCGCCGUAUUCUUACGCAACGCUUAUCUGUAUGGCCAUGCAAGCCAGCAAGCAAACCAAGAUCACCCUGUCCGCCAUCUAUAACUGGAUCACAGAGAACUUCUGUUACUACAGGCACGCUGAGCCCAGUUGGCAGAACUCCAUCCGCCACAACCUGUCUCUCAACAAGUGCUUCAUGAAGGUGCCCAGACAGAAGGAUGAACCAGGCAAAGGAGGCUUCUGGCAGAUUGAUCCCCAGUAUGCUGACAUGUUUGUCAAUGGUGUCUUCAAGCGUAGGCGAAUGCCAGCUACUCACUUCAACACCCAGAGGCAGAGCAAGAUGUCCCCCAUCCCGGAAUCCUCCCACAGUUCUACUGCCCAGGGGUACCAAAAUGGCCCCCAGCAAGGCACGGGGCACUUCCAGACUCCCAUGGGACCUCAUCAGAGGGCAGGUUUGAGCAACAAACGUAAACAGCCCAUGCCCAAGCGGAGUGCUAAGUUAGCAAGGGGCUCCAAAUCCCCACUGCUAGCCGCUGAGGUGAAAAGUGAGACUGAGGCGCUGAAGGGAGAUUUUGACUGGGCUUCAGUGUUCGACGAUGUGUUCAAUGGCAGCGGCAGCAACUUUGAGGACCUGGACAUCAACGCGGCCCUGAGCUCACUAGGCUGCGAGCUGGACAUGUCUUUUCAGGGCCGCCACCCUGUGGGGAUGGGGAAGUGGUGCGGCAGCGGGGUAGAGCAGGCCUGUAGCUACAUGGAAAUGGGCGGUUCCAUGGGGGACCCUCAGCUGCAGCAGCCACUGCCACACCCACAGCACUUUGAAGAGCUGGCCCUGUUCUCCGAGCAUCAGCGGCACCCCUGGGAGGAGCUGAAGGAGGAAGCCCAGGCCAUCCCUAUCACCAUGGACCAUGGCUUCAGCUUCUGUGAAGGCUUCUUUGCCGAGAUGCAGCCAUGGGAGAGGGUGGAGUCUUACCUGUGACCACCCCCUCCUCCCCCCACUUUCCCUAGCCCUGCCCCUUCCCUGCUGCAGGACCCUCAAGACAUGCACUCCCUCUGCUGGUUGGAAGACCCUCAGACUUCUGUUUUGCUACAUUAGCAUCAUACAUUUUUACAACAUAAUGAACAUUUUGUUUCUUUUUUUUUUGGUUUGUUGUAUUUACACAGAAUCCAUUUUUAUAUGUUAUUGAUUGUUCUUUGUUUUGGGCUGAAGGUAUGAAUGUAAUUAAAAAGCUAUAGUUAUUGUGUAUGGACAAUAGUGAAUGGGUAGAUGUAGAGUAGUGCAUUUCAUUGAUAUAUAUAUAUAUAUACUGUACAUUCAUAUAUAUAUAUAAAAGAUGUAUACAUUGGAGUCAUUUAUAAAUUAGUGGAUAGAUGCCACGUAUUGGUAGCCCAAAUUAUAUAUAUGUAGAAAAAUCAUUAGAGGAGGAAACAAACAAAAUGCCUUGCAGGUACUUAGUCUGUUUUUAAAAUGGAAUUCCCACGCACAUGCACUUUGAAAGACUACAGUUGUGUUUGUGGAUGGGGGAGACUUCUCAUCACCCCACAGCUUGCAUAGAAAUAGGACCAGGUGAAUGGAAGGCAUAGCAUCUUUUAGUGUAUUUCCUUUGAGUUAUUCUCCUGUUAUUUGAAGAUGCAACGAAGUGGGAUCACUGAAGAUACCUGCAAUGCAAUAUACUUCAGAUACUGACUGUUAUAAAGCUCUCUUUCUUCGUAAUGAACAAUUCCAAAUGCUACUUUAACAUACUUGAAUUAAAAUCACCAUCCAUCUCUAUAUGUGAAUGAAUAUUGUUGAAGAAUCUCUGAAUAUUUUUGGGAGGGUCCAAUUCAGCAUCUGCCAAACAUGUGGUGGAGAGAGACCUAUCAUUGUGUGAGCCAUUUGAACACGAUGCAAAGCUGUGUUUGCCCAGAAAACAGGACCACUUUUAUGUGUGUAUCUGCAUUUGUGCAUCCUUAUAGCAUCCUGAAUGGUGUAUGGUCUUUGUCAUUCUAAUGGAUGGAAACAUUCUCUGUGGUAAUUGGUCCAUAGUCCUCUUUUCUUGGAUGGGUGAACAAUGGAAGCUUCAUCUGCUACCCUCUGAGUCAUUCAGAAAGUGCUUUAUUCCCAACUCACCCAUCAGCCAAACCAUAAACUGUGAAGACUAGUAAAUUAUCAGGCACCAUUCAGUGGGUACUUUGGGAAGGUUAUGGUAGAAUUGUAUGGGAUUUUUAAUGCAUCAACGAUUGUAUCUUGUAGGAAUACAUUUAAUUGAUGCAGAGCCAACCAUCUUUGUCUGCAUACUGCUAUUGUCUCACCAUGAAAUGAAAACGGGAGCAUGGUUUUGGGGUCUGGUAAUCAUCCCAAGGUGCCUGGAAGGGUGAUUCCUGCUUGUUUGCCAUCACAAUGCUUCCAUUUACAAAAUGAUUAAAGGAAAACUGAAAAGGUGUUGAGGACACCGGAAUUCCAUUACUGGAAAACAGACUUUCCCUGGAAUGUUGACCUGUGGCUCACUUCAAUGAGACUUUCAGCCAUCUCUCAUAAUAAUGGGAUUAAAAAAGAACAAAAAAACAGGACAUAUCAUUUUCCUAUAAUGGGCAGACAAAAGAAAACUGUCUGAAUGGAGAAAAUGAAAAAAUAAAUCCAAUAAGUAUGUAACUCUGAGAAUCAGUUUCCUUGAGUCACUGUGAAGCAUGAACUGAGUAAGCUUGGUGGCAGCCUGUGCAAUCGGUUUUUUAUGUGUUUUCACAAGCUGUAAUGCCUCAAUGCAAUAAAUAUUGUGGGUUUUAAAAUGUA